AUGCCGCCUCUGGGCAAGCAUCCGCAUGCUGGGCUAUGUACUGCCACGAUCUUGCUGCGAGGAGACUCCAUCAAACACUGGGAUAACAUAAGGGACAUAGAGGAAACGGCAAAAAGCGGGGGCGUUUUGUGCCUGCACAGUGCCGGAGGCAUCGUACAUUCUGAGGAAGCUCAUGAUGAGGACAAGGAUGAGAGCAGCUUCACGCACAUUUUGUACGUGUGGUUCGAUCCAGGAAUUCAUAGAAGUCAAUUGAUGUUUCCAAGAAUUGAAAUAUUUGAGCCCUGUCAGUUGCCAAUGAUACAAGAAAGAGACAUGCGCAUACGCUUGUUCAUGGGUUCUUACAUGGGUCGGACUUCCCCAGUCUCUACGUACGACGCUGACAUACUAGUACUCGACUGUCACUUGCCACCCGGGGAAGAGGAGCAUGUCAUUUUGAUCCCCUCGCGCAUGGAUGCGGCUAUCGUCUUCAUUCCGAGGUUCGGAGGGUCAGGCUAUUUCGGUGGCUCGAGGACGCCAAUAUCAGAGCUGGAAACAGGAAUGCUUUCAGCCACUGGCAACUUCAUGUCAGUUAGGAGCGCUUCCAGUCUCAGUUUGCAUUUUUUCCUCCUUGCUGGCAAGAGUUUCUCCCUAGAGGAGCGAACUUUCCUUUUGACAGGCCACAGCGGGGCGGUGCUUGCUACCAGUGAGGAGAAAGCGAGGAGUUUGAUGGAAGACUUCGAGAGAGACCCAGAUAACUUUGGAAACUUUUUUGAUGAGGAGGCUUGGCACAAAAAGAACGAGGAGCUGGACAUGUCCUACCCUGAAGAAUCGUCACCACCUUCUCUUACCGAUAUCCCUGACUUUCCAGACCCCGGAGGAAGGCUCAAUGUCACAUACGAUGAUUCAGAAUGA